CACUCUGAUCAGCUGAUCCUAACUGACAACAGGAGAGGAGGAAGCCCGGGAGGCACCGAAGGAGGAGGGGGGCGGAGAAGGAGAUGAGGAUGGAUCCACCCGUGCCCUGAGGAGCAGCCUUCCACCCCCACUAGCGCCCCUCCGUCCCCGACGCCUCCUCGUCAGGCCGAGCUGCUCCGCGGUAUCUUUUGACAUAGUUACUUGAAGUUGAAUUAUAUGGAAAAACUCCUGACCACUUUAUUUCAUUACUGAAACUUCGUGGCUGAGGCCCAGCUCAUGAGCCCCUCUUUGUGAACCCAACAGACCUUUCUCAGUCAUCAACAACUUCGAAGUUCAUUUUGACCACAUCUUUCCCUGCACUUUAUGGAGGAUAAAACCAUCAAACAAGAUCAACAUUGCUGCUGAUACAAGAGUCUUGGAAGAAGAAAAAAAAGAAAAGAAAAGAAAAAAACAAACCCCAAACUCAAACAUUUGUGUGUGUGUAAAGAUAGAUUUUUUUUUUAAAGGCAUCUAGAGCCUUGUGUAAGUUCUGUGGAGUCUGCAGACUCAAAACCUUUGUCUUCACUUCUGGGGAAAGCUUGGUGACUGUUACAGAGUGGGUAGUUUCAUUACCAGAGAGUUAUGAGUGCCCAGACUUCCCUAGCAGAAAAGGGCCUGAAUCCUGGGCUGAUGUGCCAGGAGAGUUAUGCCUGCAGCGGGACUGACGAAGCUGUCUUUGAGUGUGAUGAGUGUUGUAGUUUGCAGUGCUUGCGCUGUGAGGAAGAACUCCAUCGGCAAGAGCGCCUGCGGAACCAUGAACGGAUAAGACUCAAAGCUGGCCACGUCCCUUACUGUGACCCCUGCAAAGGCCCCAAUGGGCAUUCUCCAGGUGUUAGACAAAGGGCAGCUGUGAGAUGUCAGACCUGCAAAAUCAACUUGUGCCUGGAGUGCCAAAAGAGAACUCAUUCUGGAGGUAACAAGAGGAGGCACCCUAUUACUGUGUACCAUGUCAGUAAGGUCCAGGAGUCCCUAGAGGCAGAGGAGAUGGAUGAGGAGACCAAGGGGAAGAGGAUGACGGAGAAGGUUGUGAGUUUCCUCCUAGUAGAUGAAAAUGAAGAGAUUCAGGUAACAAACGAAGAGGACUUUAUUAGGAAAUUGGACUGUAAACCUGAUCAGCAUCUGAAGGUGGUUUCCAUUUUUGGAAAUACUGGUGAUGGAAAGUCUCAUACCCUCAACCACACUUUCUUCUAUGGCCGUGAAGUCUUCAAAACUUCUCCUGCCCAGGAGUCCUGCACGGUGGGAGUGUGGGCUGCCUAUGACCCAGUGCACAAAGUAGCAGUGAUAGACACAGAAGGGCUGUUGGGGGCCACGGUGAAUCUCAGCCAGCGAACACGGCUGCUGCUCAAGGUUCUGGCCAUCUCAGACCUGGUCAUCUAUCGAACUCAUGCAGACCGGCUACAUAAUGACCUCUUCAAAUUCCUUGGGGAUGCCUCAGAAGCUUAUCUAAAACACUUCACCAAGGAGCUUAAAGCUACCACUGCCCGCUGUGGCCUAGAUGUCCCCUUAUCCACCCUGGGCCCUGCAGUUAUUAUUUUCCAUGAGACUGUACACACUCAACUACUGGGCUCUGAUCACCCUUCAGAGGUGCCGGAGAAACUUAUCCAGGACAGGUUCCGAAAGCUGGGCCGCUUCCCUGAAGCCUUUAGUUCUAUUCACUACAAGGGAACGAGGACUUACAACCCCCCCACAGACUUCUCUGGGCUUCGACGGGCUUUGGAGCAGCUGUUAGAGAAUAACACUACCCGAUCUCCCCGGCACCCGGGGGUCAUCUUCAAAGCCCUGAAGGCGCUGAGUGACCGCUUUAGCGGUGAGAUCCCUGAUGACCAGAUGGCGCACAGCUCCUUUUUUCCAGAUGAGUACUUUACCUGCUCCUCCCUGUGCCUCAGCUGUGGGGCUGGCUGUAAGAACAGCAUGAAUCAUGGAAAGGAAGGAGUGCCUCAUGAAGCCAAGAGCCGCUGCAGAUACUCCCACCAGUAUGACAACCGGGUUUAUACCUGUAAGGCCUGCUAUGAGAGGGGCAAGGAAGUCAGCGUGGUGCCCAAAACAUCUGCUUCCACUGACUCUCCCUGGAUGGGUCUUGCAAAAUAUGCCUGGUCUGGGUAUGUAAUUGAAUGUCCUAACUGUGGUGUGGUCUAUCGGAGUCGACAGUACUGGUUUGGCAACCAAGAUCCUGUGGAUACGGUGGUGCGGACAGAGAUUGUGCAUGUGUGGCCUGGAACUGAUGCAUUUCUGAAGGACAACAACAAUGCUGCCCAGCGCUUGUUGGAUGGGAUGAACUUCAUGGCUCAGUCUGUGUCUGAGCUCAGCCUUGGGCCCACCAAGGCUGUGACUUCCUGGCUGACAGAUCAGAUUGCUCCAGCCUACUGGAGACCCAAUUCCCAGAUCCUGAUGACCGAGGCACAGGCAGAUGAUGAAGGUGGAACACUGAUCGCUCGGAAGGUGGGCGAGGCGGUGCAGAACACUCUAGGAGCCGUGGUGACAGCCAUUGACAUACCACUAGGCCUGGUGAAGGAUGCAGCCAGGCCGGCCUACUGGGUGCCUGACCACGAGAUCCUGCACUGCCACAACUGCCGCAAGGAGUUCAGCGUCAAACUAUCCAAGCACCACUGCCGCGCCUGCGGACAGGGCUUCUGUGACGAGUGCUCCCAUGACCGCCGGGCUGUCCCUUCUCGUGGCUGGGAUCAUCCUGUCCGAGUCUGCUUCAACUGCAAUAAAAAGCCCGGUGACCUUUAACCCCAGCUCCCUCUCCGAGUCCUUCACAAUUCCUUAGGUUCUCAGGGUUAGAAACAGAAGUCAUUUGAGGUAGGCCCUCCUCCCGGUCACCUGUUGUGUAUGUCCUCUCCUCUCCUCAUCCUGGGGCCACUUUUCCUCCAUGGGGUGAGCCUGGCGGCAGGCCCGAAGGCAUAAACCCCUCAGGGCAGGGGACCGAGCAGCUCACAGCAAAGGGGCAUGAACCUGAAUCCGUUGCAUUAAUUUCAGUUAAGAAUAAUAAGUCCUAUCUAUCUAUGUAUUGCUCAAUAUAUACAAAUGAAAGGGAACUCUGGGAGUGUGUUAAGGCUGCUGCUGGCUGUGCAAAUGCCCCCGUCUCCAGUACAGGGCUAAGGUGGCCGUGGCAGCAGCAGGUCUUUGCACAAAGACAAGCCAGAUCCAGAGCCUGUAGCUGCUUCUCUCUCAGCCCUGGCAGCCUCUCCCUCCUGGUCUUUUCCUUUCCCUUGCUGCCUGGAUAGUGAACUUCCCAGGUCCUCCUGCUGGAAGCAGCCUGAAGAGAGCUCCAUUGGGCCCAGGAAGUUGAAGCCCAUUGGUUUCAGCCUGUUUUAGCCAGGGACCACCCUGCUUAGUGUGCACCCACUAGUGUGGGUGAAGGGUUGGAAGUGAGGUCUUUGGUCCUGAGAAGACCAAAUGCAGAUGCUGUGGCAUCCCUCAUCAGGAAAGGAUCAGGGUGAUCUGAGUCUUCUCCAGCAGUGUCCCUGGUCAUUGACACUGUGUCCACUAAGCUUUCCUAGAAGGCCAGGCCCUGCUCCUACAUCAGCACCUGCCACCCUUGGAGCCCAUGACCUAGUGAGUGUCACACUAGAAUUUAUUGCUUAAAGUGUCUUAUUCUUUGUUCCCAGACACACAACCUCUCUAGCUGUUGAGGGGUGAUCAUGAGAAAACCUUCAAGGGAAACAGCACAGAAUGGACUGUUUGUUUUUUUUUAAAGCCUAUAUAAAUAUUUCAUCAGAUCAUACAGAAAGAAAUUCUCUUUGGCUUUUGCAAGAGAAGUCAAAUGAAAGAAUGUUCUCUCAUCAAGAGCUUGGACAUGCAUAGCUAUCAUGACUGGAAAGAGACUGUUGUUCAGAAAUCCUCUCUUCAGGGUGGAGUUUUAUCUUCCGUGGCCAAAAAGGAAUUACAGCAACAUAGUUCUUGACUGAACUGGUGGGUGGGUGGAGCCUUGGGGAGGUGCAUGGGCAGUCCUUCCUGGGGUGAGUAUCCGUGUGAUGUGAGCCCUGGUGUGGGUUGGUCCUUCUUAGACCUGCUCCUUCCUGCCUCCAGUGACUGAGGCCCUAUUCUAGAACUGUGUAUCAAAUUCACCAUCAUAAAGGAAUCUUCCUGCUGAA